CGCCUCGUGUAUAGCUGGCAUAGUUUGUUUGCAUGGAUAGAUAGCAGCCCGUUCAACCCAACUUCCUGUACUUAGCCUAACGCCCUGUACCGAGUCUUUUGUUCUGGUUGUUACGAGGUUGUAAUCUCCUGCUAUAUAUAUCAAUGAGAUGCGCCACCACGAGCUGUGGCUUCCCUCACAAACUCUUUCAUGGUAUCAAAUUGAUCUCACGAUCCACUUAUCUCGCUUCCGCAACCCUACCACUCCAGCUCUUCCCGAUGGCCCAGGACGACGCCGCCGCCGUUGCUGCUGAAGCAGCCGCCGCGGAGGUCGCUGCAGCCAAGGCAGCUCGUGCCCAACUAUGGUCCCAAGCCAUCGCCGUCCACAUCAAGUCUCUCAUUCCCGUCGUUCUCGACAUCUCCAAGUGCAACUACACCCACUGGCGCACCCUGUUCGAGGUUGCCGUCGGCAAGUUUGAGUUGUCCUGCCACCUCACAACAGCUAGCUCUUCUGCGCCGCUCGAUGCCGACUGGAAACGGAUGGACUACACCAUCCUCUCCUGGAUCUACGGCUUUAUCUCCCAGGAGAUACUCGGCAUCGUCAUGGCCCCCGGCGGCACUACCGCCUCUAUGUGGCAGUCCAUCGAGAACCUCUUCCGCGACAACAAGACCACAAGGGCCAUGCAUCUCCAGGCCGAAUUCUCCAACCUGGUGCAAGGCGAUCUCUCCGCCACCGAGUUCUGCCACAAGCUGAAGACGUUGUCCGACGCCCUCCGGGACGUCGACCAACCCGUGAUCGAUCAAACGCUCGUCCUCACGAUGAUCAAGGGCAUGAACCCCAAGCACAAGCACCUCUCGGCUCUCCUGCCCAUGAUGUCGCCGUUCCCUUCUUUCAUCCAGGCGCGGUCGCUCCUCCUCCUCGACGAGCUGAAUGACGACACUGGCGAUCCGGUGGCCAAGGCCACCGCGCUCGUCGCCGACUCCCGCUCCACGCCGGCACCAGCCACAUACAACAGGGGUGGCUCUCGCGGCAACGGCAACGGCAACAAUGGCAAAAAGGGUAAGGGCAAGGGCAAACAAGGCGGCAACAAGGGCUUCAACACCAACUCCAGCCCGUUGCCUCUCCCGGCCCAGCCACACUGGAACCCGUGGACCGGCCAGAUCCAACUCUGGCCCACCGCCGGUCUCCUUGGGCCACGCCCCGGCGUUGCUCCCCGUCCUGCUCCACCCCAAGCUGACAUGGGAGUGCAUCAACCCAUGCAGUCCAUGUCGUACAACCUCCCACCUUUGGCUGGUUUGCCCAUGCACGCCAUGCAGCACCAGCCGCCAAUGGACUUCGCUGCCUCAUCCCAGGCCGGCGCUCCGUCUACUCCAACCUGGGACACCACCAGCAUCGCCAACUCGCUCAACGCCAUGACGCUGCAGCAGCCGUCCGACCAGUGGUACAUGGACACCGGCGCCACCGCACACAUGUCAUCCGGCUCCGGACUUCCUGACCAAGGUUCUACUCCUUCGGUGCAAUAGCCGCCGCAGCGAACUCUACCUGCUCCUGCCUGCGCCCAUCU